CUAAGACUCUGAAGUCUGAACCCACCUCACCAAACCAUGCCUGCAAGACCAUUCCCUCCUUCAAGUCCUCAACUUCCCAUUGUAAGCCCACCCAAUUUCUUCACCAAGACCAGGGUCUUGUUCUUGGCCCUCACAAUCUCAGCUUCUUUAGUAAUAAUCUCAUCCAUUGUCUACUUUGUCUAUCACCUCUGGCAUUCCCUUGUGGACAGAGCUAAGACAAUCCCAUUUGAUUCCAGUGCACCUUUGAAGCUUGAAAGAUUCUCAUUCAAGGAGCUUAAGAAUGCUUCCAAUGACUUUGAUUCAGCCAAUGUUAUAGGCAAGGGUGGCUCUGGAACUGUCUUCAGAGGUAUACUCAAAUGUGGCAAGUUGAUUGCUAUUAAAAAGUUGGAUGCUUUGAACUUGCAAACUGAGAGAGAGUUUCAGAAUGAGUUGCAGAUUCUUGGGGGGUUAAGAUCACCAUUUUUGGUGACCCUUUUGGGUUAUUGUGUGGAAAAGGAUUUUAGGAUUCUGGUUUAUGAGUACAUGCCUAAUAGGAGUCUCCAAGAGUCACUUUUUGGAGAAGGUGUUUUGAGUUUGGGCUGGGAGAGGAGGUUUGAGAUAAUUACAGAUGUGGCUAGAGCACUUGAGUUCUUGCAUUUGGGAUGUGAUCCUCCUGUUAUCCAUGGUGAUAUUAAGCCAAGCAACAUUUUGCUUGAUUUCGACAACAGGGCGAAGAUUUCGGACUUUGGGUUGUCAAGGAUUAAGGUGGAUGGUGAGUUUGGGGUUGACAUGUUUAGCCAGGACUUGGGGAAGAGUCAGGAGCUGUCUGGAAACUUUGCUGUGGAUACUUCUCCGGCCAUUGGUACACCCGUGGAGAGUUCUAAUGAGGUAGAUUUUGCUCUUGCUUUGCAAGCAUCUUCAUCAUCGAAAAAUAGUAGGAAGUGCUGUAAUGUUAAAGCUUUGAACUUGAAUUCCGUAAAUUAUAAUGCUAACAUUGCCUGUGAGAGUGAGGUUAAGAGUAGUGAUGCAAAGGGCAAAGAGGUUUCAAGUGUAGAUUUUGGUGGGGAUGAUUGGAAUAACAGGUUUGUACCUUAUGAAGAUGAACUUGAUAGUAUUGAUCAUAGUAAGGAUUUGGGUUUUACUGCCGGUUCUGCUGUUGAUGAAGCAGAGGAUGCAAAGCAAUGGGGGAAGGAUUGGUGGUGGAAGCAAGAUGGGAGUGGUGAAUUGUGUAGUAAAGAUUAUGUUACAGAGUGGAUUGGGAGUCAGAUUUGCCCGUCUUCGAAUCCUGAUUGGGAUGAUGACAAGAAGAGCAUCCCUGAUCAGAAGACCGACUUAGAUAUUGCAUCUCCAGUUGAUAAACUUGAAAAUGGAAAUGGACCUCAAGUACAACAAUUUGGGUUUGGAAAUCUCAGCAAGGAGUUUGAGAAGAAUGAAUCAAAGGGCAGGAAGAACCGGAAAAGGAAACCGAAGAAGAUGCAAGAAUGGUGGAAGGAGGAGCACCUUGCAGAGAUUAGCAAGAAGGGCAGCAAUCUCAAAAAUCUUGAAACAAAGUGGAAGAAAGGCUUAAAAAUGCAGCGUUUUGAUCUUGGCAGAUGGUAUCACUUUCGCAGGAGAAAGAAUUUUAGGGAACAAAGUCAAGAAAAGAGUGAUCACAUUGGUGAGUUCAGUUUCAGAAGGGGAUGGAAGAAAAAGAAUGCACAUUCCGUUGGCAGUGACAUGUGGAGUGGUGAUCUAUUUAGCCGUGAGCUAAGCAGCACAACAAGCAUGAGAGGGACUUUGUGUUAUGUUGCUCCAGAAUAUGGUGGAUGUGGGUACUUGAUGGAGAAGGCAGAUAUUUACAGUCUAGGUGUGCUAAUCCUUGUGGUUGUGUCCGGUAGAAGACCACUACAUGUUCUUGCAUCACCGAUGAAGCUAGAAAAGGCAAAUCUAAUAAGCUGGUGUCGACAGUUAGCUCAAGCCGGAAAUAUACUAGAACUUGUAGAUGAGAGACUGAAGGAUGAGUACAAUAAAGACCAGGCAAGUUUGUGUAUAAAUUUGGCUCUUUCUUGCUUACAAAAGAUGCCAGAGUUGCGGCCAGACAUUGGGGAGAUUGUUAAGAUCUUGAAAGGGGAGAUGGAUCUCCCACCACUCCCUUUUGAGUUCUCUCCUUCCCCUCCUUCUAGGUUAUACAGCAGGAGCAGGUCAAGGAGAAAACAGACGACAACUGCAGAGUAGGCACCGUGCCAUAUGCUUCAUUUCAGUUUUCUUAUAUCUUAGAAGAUUUCAUUUGGAAAGUUGAGGCCUGAAAGUUGUGUAUCAUGGGGAUUUUCUUGUUCUGUGUAUAGUAGAUAGAUGAUUCUGCUUUCUUUGCCAUUACUGGGUUCGUGUUGAGGUUCACUCGAAGAAGUCCCUUUGUUGUUUCAUCCAUGUAACCAGGAUUUCUCAAUCAUAAUCAGAUCAAAGUUU